AAAGUACAAAGUGCGUAAUGAGGUUGUGGUGCCUAAUUAAUGCUAAUUAAUCUAUGUGUAAUCACUGUAAUCUGUACGAAAACUGUCUUUUCUGUAGUUCGCGGGCCUGCCUGCAAGUUGAAGGAUUCUCCGUGGAUUCUCCGUUGUGGCGUGGUUUGAUCAAGAGUAGGUCCUGCCAUGAUUUUCAGAGUCAUUGCUUGCUACAACAUUGGCAAAGUCAAAAAAGGACGCUGAAACAGCAAUUCAGUUAUGGCUGAGAAGAGCAUCUGAUAGAAAUACCUAUCAAAUGAAUAAAAAACUUUAAACUUACGCUAUACAUUGUAUUUUCCA